GAAGCGCGUCAUCACAGUCUGUGAAAAAGGUCUAUUAAACAGUAUCACACUCGCCGUACAGUCCGCAGGGAUCGAAAUAUUACGAGACACCUACUUUAAAAAAAAAUACAGUAAUGUGUCUGAAUGAAUUAGAAGCCUGAAUCCUUUGAACAGGACUUGUUUUGUUUACAUAACCGUACGAAGGACUCUGCACACACGGAGGAAGAGUGCACAGCUAACCCUGCUAGCUUUAUUCAUAUAUUAUUGUUCACAUCGGAGAGGCGGGGAAUCCACAGCCUAAGCGAGACUUUUGAAUGCAUUCAAUUAGCACCAGCGUUUCAUUUCAUAGUCGCCUUAACUCAGGAUUUCUGCUUUCCGGAGAUAACAGCAAUAAGCUAUCGAGGAAUUACAUGGAUUAUCUGAUACAUCUCUACACAGCCAACCAGAUGUCAGAUCUUCUGUUUUGUGACUCAAAAAGGAGACAGACAGGGAGAAACAGACAUCAAGGGAAAUAAGAAAAAAUACACUGAUAGAUUUGUUUUUACUUGAAAGGGCCUGGCUGCAUUAAGUUCCCUUUAACCCUACCAUCCUAAUGUAAAGCAACACACAAUGUCUUCUGCUCACGUAUUAUUAAUGUCAGAUGUACUCAAACAGAGGGCCUCUCCGGCAUUGAUCUUCUUCGCUUAGGCUAUUUAGUAGGAAGCUUUUGAUCUGUUAAGUGAUCUGAUCUGUGUUAGAAGUCUUUCUUUAUGUGUUUGUGUUUUGGUGGUUAGUUCUACUUUGCGGUGUUGAAAUUUAUUGCCCAAUUUUUUUAUUUGCUUUAUCACUUAGUGUCAUGACGUCAACCGAAGGGCUCUGACAACAGCUUACAGAAAACAGGGAUUUUUCUUUCUUUCUUUUUUUGCGAAAUGUAUUGGGGAACUUACUUCUUCCAGAACACUGUGGUAACUUUCAGCCCAUAUGAUUUCAAUGGAGGCACUGUGCGGUAGACUUUGUUUUUUUCUUUCGCAGUAACUUUUGCUGAACCAGAUGGUGUCAACAGAUGUGAGAUGGCUUUGAGAUGUGUUUCUGGUUCUACAGUGAUACACAUAUACACCCACAGAAAUUCACUUGUAGAAUCGCAGGCCAAAAGUCGUGAAAGCAAUCACAAAAACAAACACAAGUGGGAAGUUUUUAUCUAAAUCAGGAGUACUCAACUGUUGGGUCACAACCCAAAAAUGGGUCGCAGGUCUGUUCUGACGGUGUCACGGACAGCAGGGAAAAAACAAUGGGCCUGCCAGAUCCAGCUCCGGUCCUACCUGAUGUCUGACUCCCACUACUACAUGUUGCUGAGUGAUGACGACUAAUUGCAGCCUGUGCCAGCCAGAUAUCACUUCAGUCUACUACGAUGACUUCACAGAGGAUGAACUGAUGCCAGCACCAACCGUCAGACAUGUGUUUCAGGACGUUUUGCUGUAAAGGACCUCCCCCUCCCAGACCAGAGUAUGAUGUGGUUUGCAUUGGUCUGACAGGCUCUGGGAAGACCAGUCUGCUCUCCAGACUUUGCAGUGAGGCAACAGAUAGCAUCGUCCCUACCACAGGUUUUAGCAUUAAAGCUGUGCCAUUCCAGAAUGCCAUUUUAAAUGUCAAGGAACUCGGAGGAGCGGACUCAAUUAAAAAGUACUGGAGCCGGUACUACCAGGGCUCUCAGGGGGUGGUGUUUGUUUUAGACAGUGCUUCGUCGGAGGAGGAUCUGGAGGUGGCGCGUACAGAACUCCACUCAGCCCUGCAGCAUCCUCAGCUCUGCACGCUUCCCUUCCUCAUACUGGCCAACCACCAGGACAAACCUGCUGCCCGCUCUGUACAAGAGAUAAAGAAAUACUUUGAGCUGGAACCGCUGGCACGAGGCAAAAGCUGGAUUCUGGAGGGCAGCACUGUGGACAACAUGGACGCAGUCAAGGAAAGCUUCACUCAGCUCAUUCAUCUGCUCGAGGAGAAGGACCAGGAGACGGGCAGGAUAUGACCCAGGGAAACCAUUCCACCACCCCUCAGACACUACCGAUCGCCACUGAACUCACCACUGGCCAGCACAGCCCAUUUCAGCAUGGCCACUGUACCAACUUCAUUGUGACUGUUACUGUGGUGUAACAAACUGAGCCAUGGAAAAAUGGACUUUGCAACUAUUAUGAAUCCUUAUAUGUAAGGAUACAUAUCUGCCGAGAAAGAAGAAUCUCAGAACCUCUGAAGUUUGAUACCUUCUCCAGACCACAUGUAUUAACCGAGAACAAACAUUCAACACACAAUUACCUUUGACAGUAAAUAUGGUUAAAUCUGUCCUCUUUAAUACAGACCUAGUUGCUACUAAAUAGAUAAUGUAAUCACAUGCUUGGUCACGUAUUGCAACUGGAAGUCCUGUUUUUGUAGUGCGUAGAUUGUUUUUCUUAGCACAGUGUGGCGUGAAUGAUUGCGCAAAGAAUGCGUGUUUGCAAGCGAGAGAUGCCAGUUUGUACUUCAAAGCCUUAAAGUGUGUGCUAAUGUAUUUUUAAAACAAAUGUAUAAAUGUGUUCUCACAAACAACAGUCCUUAGAUGUAAUUGAAAUAGGCAGUCUUAAUUAUUUGUGUCUGUGAAGUGCAAUGUGAAUUAUGACUGAUUCCGAAAAUCACGAAAAUAUAAAUUCUUCUCCUGUCAUGUAAUAUCUUUAAACUGCAUGGAGCUGCAAUUGAUGUACCAUUGGAGCUAUAGAGUGAAUCAUAAAAUGUACAUUUAUGAAGUUAUUUGGAUUUUAUCAUUUUUAAGAGAUCCUUGUUGAGGGCAAAGUAAUGUUUUCUUAACUUGGUCUAGUAUUAUUUCAAGCCAGAACGUAUCAAGGAUUUUGCUCUACUAUAUCUCUAUCUUGAAUGGUGAUGGUUGACAUUAUAGCAUUAUUAAAUUAUAGCACCGGUAAACUUGGAUGUCUUUUCACCAAAGACACCAAAACCACAACUGAUUCCCUGUAGGUGAACUUUGGCAAAGCCUUUGUAUGCAUGACGUAUUAUGUAUCAUAAGGUGUGAUUGUUUGGAAAUUGCAUUUAAUUUGUUUUUUAUUCUUUUUCAUUUCUGUUGGCCCUGAAUGUAAAACACUCUCUUGCAUAAGUGCUCCUCCUCUUGUCUAAUGGCCUCCAAUUUAGAUGGAGUGAAGCAUUUGGUUUUGUUCUCUAGAUUUCUGUUUUUACACCUAUACUAUCUCCAGAGAUCUAAACAGAGGAGGAAGUUCAUGCCAAAGCCCAGUCUAAGUGUUAACCAAAUUACUCAUGUGCUACAGCCAGGCUUCCAAAAGCAAAUAUCCUUUGAAAAAUGGCCACCACCUGGAAUUGCAUAGUCAUUGUAGAUCUUGCACAACAACAUCUUGUGUUUUAUUUAUAUCUACAAAAAUGUUAUACCCUCCAAACCAGUUCAGCUGCCUUUUUUUGUAAUUCAAAUAUUUGUACAUUUGUUACAGAUUUUUGUCUCGGUCUUUGUACUGGAAGAGAAAAAAAAAAAAGUCUAGGUGGACUUUUGAGCAGUUUACCAUGGUUUGCCUCAAGUCACAUGUUUGAUGGUGUUUGUAUGUAUUUAUGUAUAAUUGCCACUGAGCAACAUGGAAAAUAAAGGCUGUUGAAGUACAA